AUGUUUUCAUAUUACUCAUCAUGUUGCAUCCAGUUGCCUCUAUUGACCAGGUUCUUCAGAUAGUGUGUGUACCGUAUCAGUGGCGUAUAACUAUGCUCAUGAUUGUUCUUGUCAAUGCCCUUGUAUCUAUCAUGGUGGAGAGGCCAUGCCACUGAAACAUUAUCUUCUUUUGCUGGUGGGCUGCCAAGCCUGGAGUGCGGGGCUGGCCUACUAUGGCUGCCCAAGUGAGUGUACCUGCUCUAGGGCCUCCCAGGUGGAAUGCACCGGGGCGCGCAUCGUGGCGGUGCCCACUCCCCUGCCCUGGAAUGCCAUGAGCCUGCAGAUCCUCAACACGCACAUCACUGAACUCAACGAGUCCCCAUUCCUCAACAUCUCCGCCCUCAUUGCCCUGAGGAUUGAGAAGAAUGAGCUGUCCCACAUCAUGCCCGGCGCCUUCCGAAACCUAGGCUCACUGCGUUACCUCAGCCUCGCCAACAACAAGCUUCAGGUUCUGCCUAUUGGCCUCUUCCAGGGCCUGAACAACCUCGAGUCGCUCCUUCUGUCUAGCAACCAGCUGGUGCAGAUCCAGCCGGCACACUUCUCCCAGUUCAGCAACCUCAGAGAGCUGCAGCUGCACGGGAACCACCUGGAAUACAUCCCUGACGGUGUCUUCGACCACCUGGUGGGCCUCACGAAGCUCAAUCUAGGCAAGAAUAGCCUCACCCACCUCUCGCCCAGGAUCUUCCAGCACCUGGGCAACCUCCAGGUCCUCCGGCUGUAUGAGAACAGGCUCUCAGAAAUCCCUAUGGGCACUUUUGAUGGGUGUGGAAACCUCCAGGAGCUGGCCCUACAGCAGAACCAGAUUGGUAUGCUCUCCCCUGGCCUCUUCCACAACAACCGUAACCUCCAGAAGCUCUAUCUGUCCAACAACCACAUCUCCCAGUUGCCCCCUGGCAUCUUCAUGCAGCUGCCCCAGCUCAACCGUCUCACGCUUUUUGGGAAUUCCCUGAAGGAGCUCUCGCCGGGGAUCUUUGGGCCGAUGCACAACCUGCGUGAGCUUUGGCUCUAUGACAACCACAUCACUUCUCUACCUGACAACGUCUUCAGUGACCUCCGCCAGCUGCAGGUCCUGAUCCUCAGUCGUAACCGGAUCAACUACAUCUCCCCAGAUGCCUUCAAUGGGCUGGCGGAGCUUCGGGAGCUGUCCCUACACACCAACGCGCUGCAAGAGCUGGACGGGAGCGUCUUCCGCAUGUUGAUCAGCCUGCAGAACAUCUCCUUGCAGAAUAACCGCCUCAGACAGCUCCCAGGGAAUAUCUUCGCCAAUGUCAAUGGCCUCAUGACCAUCCAGCUGCAGAACAACCAGCUGGAGAACCUGCCCAUGGGCAUCUUUGACCACCUGGGGAACCUGUGUGAGCUGAGGCUCUAUGACAACCCCUGGAGGUGUGACUCUGGCAUCCUUCCACUCCACAACUGGCUCCUGCUCAACAAGCCCAGGUUGGGGACAGAUGCUCUCCCGGUAUGUUUCAGCCCACCCAGUGUCCGAGGCCAGUCCCUCAUCAUCAUCAACGUCAACGCUGCUCUCCCCAGCGUCCAGGUCCCAGUGAUGCCCAGCUACCCGGAAACACCACAGUACCCGGACACACCCAGCUACCCUGACACCACCUCCAUCUCCACUACUGACUUCACCAGCACUGUGGGGGACUACACCGAUCUGACCACCAUUGAGGUCACCGAUGACCGCAGCACGUGGGGCAUGACCCAGGCCCAGAGUGGGCUGGCCAUUGCCGCCAUUGUCAUUGGCAUUAUUGCCCUGGCCUGUUCCCUGGUUGCCUGCAUCUGCUGUUGCUGUGGCAAGAAGAGGAACCACGCGGUCCUGAUGCAGAUGAAGGCACCCAAUGAGUGUUGAAGAGGCGGGCUGGAGGCAGGGCUGGGGAAGAGUGGGAGCACUGGAGGAUCUGGGAGUUUCAUUAUUGUGCCUCCACCCCUGGGUCCACAGAGCCAUCCCCCACUCCCUCUCACUGGUCCCCAAGAGAAAGGCACCCCCACCUUUUCCUGACCUGUCUGGUUCUCCUCUAGAGAACUACAGGAGAACCAGCUCUUGCAGGGCUUCUUACCACCAGGGAGAUCCAACCGGCCAUGGCAAAAACCCCGUGGGGUUUCUAAUUCACAUCCCUGGGCUUCCUUCGAGAAAGCCCUUCUCCACAGCCUUACCAGCUCUCCUCCAACAAGCCUCCCUGCACCCGCGGCCCUGCUGGCCUCUGUAGACUCAGUUACCACGCCGGCUCACUUUGUGGGGAUAGUUCUCCACGGGGACAGCUCCUCUCCCAAGUAGGAUGGAAGUUGAUUUCCCUUCCUUCGCUCCACCCCCGUCCGUGGCAUGCUCUCCCCUGUCCCCUUGAAAGGUCUCCCUUGAUUUUCUGCUCCUGAAGGCAGGGUGAGUUCUCUCCUCACAGAAGGCUUCCACCCACUCAGCUGGCUUCCUAGGAGCUGACAAGCACCUGGUUUUUGGGUCACUGUGCAAGAUGCCCCUUGGCUCCCGCAGAGAGAACCACUGUCAGCAUCUCUCAUGGGAUCGUUAUCUGGAAAAGAAAGACCGGCACCCGUGCAACAAGUCGGCCUUGUAGAGAUUUCUGAACCACAAAUUUUGUUUUGAAAGUGUUGGUCCUUUGAGGGAUAAGGUCACAUAGAAUGUCUGACCCCUAAAAACCUUGAAAAUCAGCUUACUAGUACUGGAUGGAGAAAGCACCCUGGUACCUGGGGUGUCCUUAUGUUCAUCCUUAGGGUUCUUCUCUUUUAACUUUUUAUUGAAGUAUAACACAUACAGAAAUGUGGGAGCGUGACCGUGUAGAGUUUGAUGGGUCUUCACAGUUCACACCCAUGUAAUCAGCAUCCAGAUCUAGAAACAGGCUAUUACUAGUAUCCUCCAUUGUGGGCUUUUACUGGAGAAGACAGGCUUGAGGAGAUGGGUCCCCAUGAGCCAGGAUGGCCCCUCACCACCCCGGCCAGCCCGCCCUUGCCAAGGCCCAGCUGCUAGGGGUAGAGGAGACGACGUGGGUACGUUCCAGAGAUGUAAUCAAAUCCCCACACCCGCGGCUCCCAGAACGGCCAGGUCAGAGGCCUCUCUACAGCAGAGGUCCCUGCAAGCACACAUGGCCUUUAUCGCCAUGCUCUGCCUCUGUCUGUUUUUAAUUUUCACUUUCCAUUUGGGGGAAGCAAAAUAGUUCGGAGAUGAGAUCCUUCAGUUGAACAGCUGAAUGUAAUGGAACCUGGUAAUCCUUCUAGUGUGGUAAAAUUCUCCAUCAACGUUCCAGUCAGCUAGACACUGAAAUUCAGAAUGCUCACAUACGGGAGGCAACAUCAGGGUGCACAGAUAAGUCACCCUGGGUCUGGGGGCUCUUUGGAGUUCCUUCUGCCUGUGGCCUGCUUAUAAGAGUUAAGUGUUUGGUGCAGGGUUAUCGUCCUCCUUGAGUGCUAGCCACAGAAAUCCCUGCCUUCAGCACCUUUCUGCUACACACGUAUUCACACUGGUAAAGAAAUUGUGCUCAUGGCAACUCAUGUCUUUGGACAACUGGUCUAUCAGUUCAGAAAUAAAAACAGUGAAAUGGAGAAUUUCAGCUGUCUGUGUCUGCCCAGGAAAGAGCUGCAGCUGGUGCUGUAAGGAUUUGGAAAUCCUGACUGGCUCUUACUAGUUUUCUCUGUCCCACAAGACAAAUAAGAAAUUGCCUUAGGCCUUAGUGGCAUGAUGCUGACAGGUCCCCAACAAAACAGGUCCAGGAAAGGAUGUGUGUAGGAACUAGUACACUGUAUAGUUUUUUUCUCUGUCCCAGAGAAUCUGGGGAAGAUGGGGCCUGUCAAAGGCAAAAGACAUCUUCUCCCCGAGGUAAAUCUGGGUCUCCAAAAGGUUUACCAAAGAUUUGUAGCAACUGGUGGACGUGUACCAAGACUUGCCAGGGCCCAAAAGGAAGUGAGCCCAGAGCUUGGGGCAUGAGCAUCAUUCCAUUGAUGGUGGCCUGCCUGAUGAUCCUGGGGCCAUCGGGGGAAGUGAGGCUUGCUUUCCUCCAGAUAGGAAGCAUGGGUUAGCACUGUAUUCGUCAAGGUGCUCCUUAUGAGUAGGCUCCAAUGUCUCAUUGUGCAAGGGUGCAAGUGGGCCAGAGAUGGCAGAGAGGUGAGGAAGGAGUCCUUUUCACCCAGUGUGUCCUGCCCUUCUGGACCCAGAACCCUUGGGUAGUCCUGGCAUUGGCCAUGACAUUGGAGGUCCUUUCUCCCGAGCCCAGGAUAGCAGCAUGUUUCCCCAGCCCAAAGGUUGGCCUGAGGGCAUCUGUCCUCAGAUGUCUCCAUGCAGGAGCACCCCCUGGUGGGGCUGGUGAACUCUUUACAUGAUGCUCGGAGCUUGCCUGGUCCUUUCUCCCAUCAGAGUGGAUUGGAUGGAGCCAUUGGGCCUCCUCUUCCAUGGCAGGCCUUUUGGCCUCUCUGAACCAUGUUGUCUGGCCAAGGAGCUACCGGGAAAGCUGGAUGGAGUUUCCUUUCCAACAAGACAUUGCAUUUCCUCACUUUCCAGGGCUGGAGUGAGCUGCUUGGUCCCCCAAGUUGAGGUAGGGUACAGAGUCCACUUUAAUUUCCCCGUUUGCUCACUGGCCCCUAGGUCACCUUGCCAGUACCAGCAGCCUCCAUUUGGAGUGAAGGGUCAAUGUUGGAGAAAAGAGAAUAAAAACCAGUUAGAACCACUGUUUUUCAAAAAUGCUUACUGUGUGUAGAUACCCUUUAAAGCACUGAACAAGCAUUUUCUUUUUAAGCCUGACAGCACCUCUGUGCAUGAGUACUACCGUUAUGCCCUGGAAAUGGGUCUAAACUCACUGUUUCUUCUGCAACAUUAUUCCGUGGGCCGUGGGUUUUCUUUCUCUCUUCACACUUUUUUUUUUUUUAAGGAUUUUAAUUAUUUGAAACAGAGAGAGACACAGCGAGACAGGGAAACAAGCAGGGGGAGUGGGAGAGGGAGAAGCAGGCUCCCCCAGGGAGCCCGAUGUGGGACUCGAUCCCAGGACCCUGGGAUCAUGACCUGAGCCGAAGGCAGAUGCUUAACGACUGAGCCACCCAGGUGCCCCUCUCUCUUCACACUUUGUACAAGACGUCAUGGCCUGUCCUGGGCUUUCAUCUGUAAAGAAAAUGGGAGUCACUUUCCUUCUGCUUCCUACAGUCUUAGCCAUUGGAACCUCACUUGCUACUGUGUGGAUCAAAAGCUUUGUCAAUACAGGGAACAUUCAGCUCACCCAUCCACUAAAGAAAAAGAGCAGUUUCAGGAAUCUGUUUCCACCCUCAGGAAGCUGAUGGAGAGUAGACAGCUAGGGAGAUAACUAGAUCACUAGAGUUGGUAACGAGACACUGGCUGUGUCCAAGCCUUUAGCUACAAGCCACUCACAGAGUGCAGCCCACGGAUCUCGCAGUCAGAACUGAACCCAGGCUGUUGGGGAGGCAGUGGGUGGGGGGCUCGGGAAGGAAGCCCUCACUGUGGUUCAGAGAAGGGGGCAGGUGCUUCUCUAGGCCCAACUUCUGCCAGCUAUGCUCUCUCCUUCACCUAAGGAGAGAUCGUUCUCACCGACCCAUUGCCUUCAUGAUGCCUUCAAAAGUAGAUCAUGUUUACCUCGCUUAGAGAAUCAUUGCAAAUAGUCCCAGGUGCUUGGUGAUGCAUUUAGAGAUUUCUAGGCCCCCAGGGUUUUAUAGAGUGUGAGCCCUGGUGGGCAGGAUUGGGGGUCCAUCUUUGCUGGAUGCUGCCUAUAACAAAUUUGGUGUACAGAAUCAACAAUAAACGGUAUACA